AUAUAUACCCGCAGUCCUGAAACGCUUACACAGUUAAUUUCCUAUGCAAACAAGAGUCAGUAAGAGGUUGAGGGUCACAGUUCCUGAGACACCAUGAGGAAGGUUCCUCUCUGUACACAGAAGAAAAUCGUGGAAAAAAACCAAGGAAGUGGCCAGAUGGGGAAUUUGAGCCCGUCACAAGGAUAGUGUGCUCGUACGACUGGCAGGAGAGGAUGCUGCUCUUUGCCAAGCCAAGCAACAAUGGGACACAGAGAACCCUGGUGACCAAAGAGCAUGGCAGCUCCUGGGUUCUCAGAAGAAGAGGAAAAACAUGUGCAUCAUCUUCUCCACUGAUUGUACAAGAUAGCAGAGGAAGAAAGUAACACACCGAAGUUUGUGAAAAAAAUUCAGGAACUCAACAGCCAAAAUACUACUUCUAACCUUGCUGCAACAAGAUGAACUUUCUGUCAACCUUUGUGACGUUUGAGAACCUCCAUGAGGUUCGGAGAUUGUGCCACUGGGGACCAGUCAUAGCCUUGUCUGUCAUUGCUAUAUGCUCGACUAUGGCAAUCAUGGACUCGAUUAUCUGGUACUGGCCUCUAGACACUACAGGUGGUAGCAUUAACUUCAUCAUGCUUCUCAACUGGACUGUCCUCAUCCUCUACAACUACUUCAAUGCUAUGUUUGUAGGACCUGGAUACAUUCCUCUUGGUUGGAAACCAGAGAAUCAACAGGAUACACAAUACCUACAGUACUGCAGAGUGUGCCAAGGAUACAAAGCCCCCAGAUCCCACCAUUGUCGCAAGUGUAACAGGUGCGUGAUGAAGAUGGACCACCACUGCCCUUGGAUCAACAACUGCUGCGGCCAUCUGAACCACGCCUACUUCACCAGCUUUCUGCUGCUGGCUCCACUGGGCUGCACGCACGCUGCUAUCAUCUUCAUUAUGACCAUGUACACACAGCUAUAUGAGAGGAUAUCAUUUGGAUGGAGCACUGUAAAGAUUGACAUGAGUGCUGUUCGUCAGUUCCAGCCCCUCAUGCCCUUUAGUGUGCCCGCCUUUGCUGCCACACUCUUUGCCUUAGGCCUGGCACUGGGCACCACCAUUGCUGUUGGCAUGCUUUUUGUCAUUCAGAUGAAAGUCAUCAUACGAAAUAAGACCUCGAUCGAGUCCUGGAUCGAGGAAAAGGCCAAAGACAGAAUACAGCACUACCAAACAGGGGAGGAAUUCAUCUUCCCAUAUGAUCUCGGCAGCCGCUGGCUGAACUUCAAGCAAGUUUUCACAUGGUCAGGGACGCCCAAGGGUGAUGGCAUUGAAUGGCCAGUCCAUCCCAAGUGUCACCAGUACACCUUAACUAUUGAGCAAUUGAAGCAGAAAGCUGAUAAAAGAGUGAGAAGUCAGGUCCAGUACCGGGCAGUGGAGGACUAUAAUGGAGCCUGUUGCCCUCUUAGCAAAGGUCUCCAAACCUUCUUCAGAACUCCCUGCACCGAGGAGCCCAGGAUCCCUCUGAAAAAAGGGGACACCAUCCUAGCCACCCGUGGAACAAAAUGGUGGAUGUAUGGAGACAAAGCUUUGAGUGAGGAGCAGAUAAGAGUGGGAGAACGUGUAAGAGGAUGGUUUCCAAGGCGAUGUGUGGAGAAGUGCCAUUAUGACACAGCUGCCAGUGAAAGCACCAGCGAUAAGAAAGUAAAUUAAUAUAUUUGAACAUGCUUUUUGUAGAGCAGGGAAGUGAAACUGAACAUUUAAUGUCUGUGUUCAUAAACAUACAUCCACUGAAGAUGUCAUGCCUGAUGCUACAGGCUUCCCAUCCAGAAGUCCAGACUUAGAUUUGAAUUCCUCUAACAUUUCAAUAUCAACUGUUUGUGGUUACUAUAAUUUUCAUUGUCUCACAGAGCAUUUUGCUUCUAAUAAUUUUUCUAAGAGGAUUACAGAAUCUUGAAGGGAUUCAGAUUGACUCCUCUGACCAAAAUAAAAAUCCAGCAAGAGUCUUACUUUCGAAGAAUUGCCACCAGGCUUUAAUGUGACUUUUGUGAUUCUAUUACUUUUUACUUGAAUCUGUUAUUUUUACUUGUGUUGAUGUCUGUUUUCGCUAAUUAUGCAAUGCCUCUGCCCAGCUAACCCCAGGGCCCCGUCAUGCAAUUCUUUCUACUGUUCUGAGAUAACACUUAAUUCCUUUUUUUAUUAUUUUUGUAAAAACAAAUUGUUGGCCUCAAAGUAUAAAUUGAAAAUUAAAAUGUUCCGCUGCAA